AUGCAGCGUAACACUGGCCUGCGAGACCCUUUCGCCACCGACGACGACCCGUCCACCUCCGCACCCGGCCGACCCCCGCAGCGCAUCCACAGCCAGGCUCUAGCACCAUCGCUUCGGAGCGUCGAUAGCCCCUUCCAAGCACGACCUACCCAGCCUGUGCCAGCGCUCGGAGCACCCCGCUCAUCGGCGCUGAGCACCGCAUCAUCAAACUCUCAAGCGAGCACAAGCACAAGCACAAGCCCAGCUCCUCCUCCUCGCCUUCUAGGUCUUUCUCUCGGCUUGCCUCGCAGUCGUGCCGCACUAAAAGGCGGACAGUCCAACGAUCCUGCCGCUGUAGCCAGUGCAGUAAGGCAAGCGGAUGACGCGGUGCGCAACACCGACUCGGAUGCACUUCUCUCCAGACUCUCGGCUCUCAAACUUGGCUACUUGGCUCCUGAGCCCUUCACGCAGGAAUUCUCCACCUCGUCACCUUCCACACACCGCCACGACGCUUCCACUCGAAGAUCCCCGCUCAUCAACAUUGGCACCUAUCUGCGAUGCUCUACCAUCGAUGCCCAAGUCGAAGCUUUUCUCAGGCAGGGAGACGGCCAAAAGCAGAUCAUCUCAAUCGGCGCUGGAAGCGAUAGUCGGUACUGGCGGUUCAUGUCGGAUGCAGACCUUUCGCAACGUCUACAUCACUAUGUCGAGAUCGACUUUGCAGAGAACACAAACCAGAAGCUGUCGCGCAUCUUGAGGAGCGCCAUUUUGCGUUCGUAUUUGGAUCCAGCCUCGAGCAUCCAUGGCGUUCCCCUCAACCAGCUCAGUCAGCAGAGCCAAACUGCUGCCUCACAGCAACAGUCUCCAUCUGAUACCGGGAGAUCCGACGUGGUUCGCUCUUCCAAAUACACGCUGCUCGCUGCAGACGUGCGCAGUCUGCAUCCCGACACGCCUGCAGCCCAACGUAUCGACCUCGAACAGCUUCUCGGCCCUGAUGCGACCGGCUUGAAUCCAGAGCUUCCCACACUCGUGCUGUUCGAAUGUGUGCUCGCCUACAUCUCACCGGACAAAGCAGACUGGCUCCUUGCGCUGCUCGGUCAGAGGUUUGCACGCAUCCAAGCGCUGAGCUACGAUAUCGCGCUCGCUGGAGAUUCGGAGCACUCUCCGCCGACGGCCAUUCCGACGGUCAGCAGCUCGGGCGAUGCGCAAGCUGCCAGCACGCCAUCCCGCUUUGGCAAGAUGAUGCUGCAAAACCUCGAGAUGCGCAAGCUCUCACUGCCCGGUGCAAAGGCGUAUCCGACCAUCCAAGCGCAAAGUCAACGCUUUGUGCGAGCCUGGUCGUCUGAUCCACGGGACGAUGCUGACCGACAGAGAUCUGUGCUGACCGCAGGCAGGAGCCUCUUCUCGAUCUGGUCGACUCUGGACGCCGAGCAGAAAUCCAGACUUUCAAGGUUGGAGGGUCUCGACGAGGUCGAGGAGAUCGAUAUGCUGCUCCGACACUACUGUAUCGUCGAGGCGCGUCGAACCGCGUAG